GCCCCUGCUCUUCCCCUCACGUGGGUGUUUCUCGCGCAAAGCGUGGGGCCGCUGUAGCUGCCCGGGAUGGCGCUGAGCAAGGUCGGGGGGCUAAUGGUGGCUCCCGGGGAGCUGGUCCUGGGCGGGGCUAGGGCCUCCGCAGUGCGGCUCCUCCUGGUGCGCUGGGUGCAGGGCCCAGCGGGCGGCGGCGGGCCGCCCCCGGAGAACGUGGUGCGGAUCUCCCGGGCCAUGCAGCUGCGGCUGGCUCGGGGGCCGCCCAGGCGGGGCCGGGAGCUGCUGGUGGUUCCGACCCGGGCGGGGAAGCUGCUGUUGCGGAGCCGGCGGCCUCAGCUGAGCCAACCUCGCUCCCUGACUCUGGGGCGCUGGGAGCGGCCGCUCCUGGUCUCGGCGGGCUGGAAGCACCGGCGCUCCUGCGGGGACUACUUCCAGCUGGAGCGCUCCCAAGAGCAGGCGCCGGCCCUGCAGCCUCCCCGAGCCGCGGGAGGGGACAGCUCCUUCCGGGCACUGGGGCUGGGGCCGGCGCUGGUGUCCGCUCUGCAGUCUCUCUCCAUCACCCAGCCCACGGCCGUGCAGCGCCGCGCCAUCCCAGCCCUGUUGCGCGGAGGUAACGCGCUCUGCGCCGCUGAGACGGGCAGCGGCAAGACCCUGGCUUAUCUGCUCCCGCUGUUCCAGAAACUCCUGUCUCGGCCCUUGCUGGGCCCGGCCUGGCCGCCCUGCCCUCGCAGCCUGGUGCUGCUUCCCUCCCGGGAGCUGGCGGAGCAGGUGCGCACCGUGGCCUCCUCCCUGGGCCAUUCAGUGGGAUUGCGAGUGCAGGAGAUUGGCGGGGGCCGGGGCAUGGCCAGCGUGAAAAACCAGCUCCGCUCGGAUCCCGAUGCCGACUUGCUGGUGUCCACACCUGGGGCCCUGUGCAAGGCGCUGCGGAAACGGAUGGUGAGGCUGGAGCGUCUGUGCUGUCUGGUGCUGGAUGAGGCUGACACCCUGCUGGACCCCACUUUCCUGGAUCUAGUGGAGGAGGUGCUCAUGCAAGCGCCCAUCGCCCACAGCCCCAAGGAGGUGGCUGAUCAGUGGAACACCAAAACCCAGCUUGUGGUCGUCGGUGCCACGUUCCCUGAAGGGCUAGGCCAGUUUCUGAGUAAGGUCACCAAUCUGGGCCACUUCACCACCCUCACCAGCCAGAGCUUGCACCACCUUCUGCCCCAUGUCCAACAGAAAUUCAUCCGCAUCAAAGGCAGCGACAAGGUGUCCGAACUACUGCAGCUCAUCAAAGACCAAGGUCCCUCUAACGGAGCCCUUCUCGUCUUCUGCAACAAUGCCAGCACUGUCAACUGGCUAGGCUACAUCUUAGAUGAUCACAAAAUCAAACACUUGAGGCUACAGGGACAGAUGCCUGCAGCUAUGAGAGCGGGCAUUUUCAACACCUUCCAGAAGGGACAAAGGGAUGUUCUCAUCUGCACUGACUUAGCAUCCCGUGGACUAGAUACCAGCCGUGUGGAGCUAGUAGUCAACUAUGACUUCCCAUCCACAUUGCAAGACUAUCUCCAUCGGGUAGGGCGGGUUGGGCGUGUAGGCAGCAAGGUGCCUGGGACUGUGGUUAGUUUUGUAACCCAUCGUUGGGAUGUUGAUCUGGUGAGGAAGAUAGAGACUGCAGCCCGGAGAAGGACCAGUCUCCCUGGGAUGGAGUCUGCCGUUAAGGAGCCUUUGCCUAAAACAGACCUGACUCAGGCUGACAAACAAUGAAAUGCUAAAGUUCACAUUGGAUUUAGGGUGUUGAUAAUGACUUCUGUUGAAGACUAAAUCAGCUAAACUUAGGCCUGGUCUACACUGCGGUGGGGGGCGGGUGUCGAUCUAAGAUACGUCGACUUCAGCUACGCUAUUCUCAUAGCUGAAGUUGCGUAUCUUAGAUUGACUUAGAAUCACUUUGUGUCCUCACGGCGCAGGAUUGACAGCAGAGCUAUUGGGGAUCGAUUUAUCACGUCAGAUGCUAUAAAUCGAUCCCCAAUAGAUCACUACACGCCAAUCCAGCAGGUAGUGUAGAUGUACUCUGUUUUGUGAGUCAGAAUGAGGAUAUGGGCAAAGAAACAACAUAACAAAAAUGUUAAAGUUACCAGUUCUGCCUGGUUAGUUACUGGCAAGUGCACUGAUAUCAGUAUGACGUGCUACUUCAUGCUUUUCUAAAUCUAAGCAGAUGUAACAGACCCCACAAUUAAUAAAUAAAUGCUAAAUUUUUCCUCGGUUUA